AUGACAUCGAACUCUACCAUACAGCAUAUGCCUCACAAUUCGCCACGCGCCACCGCCGACCACUACAUCAGGCAUCUACGUCAGCUGCCGAGCCUUCCUCGUUUUUCAAUCUACCUUUUCGGACCCCAGGCACGCUUUCGCCGCUGGCUACGCAAAGCCAAGAAGGCGAAGCAGAAGAAGCAGCAUUUCGACGACGCACUCUGGCAACAAGGACUCGAAGUCCUAGGAGAUGUGCUUCUACCCAAUGCCUAUAUUGGCGACCGCCACACGAUACGCAUGGUCCAGCAUCGACUGAUCCACGACGAGGAGGAAGCCGAUGCUUGGACACCGUAUUACCCCGAGGGGGCUGUUAUCGAGGUGACCACCAGGAACUUCCAUACCAAAGUUGAUCGGACUGUCGAGGAGGUGUUGGGCCUCUUGCUGCACGAGAUGUGCCACGCAGUUUUGUGGAGUCGCUCAUGCGCUUGUGAGGACUGCAAGGACUUGUUGCUGUAUAAGGGAGGUCAUGGUGAAGAGUGGGAAGACUUAGCUGGUGAGUGCAACGGCAGAGUCUGCGUCUACUCGGCUUUCAGGCGAGUCUCAAGUGGCGAUUCAGUUGAGUGGAAGAAGUGA